AACAAACAAUCAGCUUAUUAUUAUUGUUACUUUCCUUUCCUCUCUUCUCUCUCUACUCUGCAUUACAUCACUCUUCUCUACUUGUACACUAUUGGUUGAUUAUUAAUCGGAGUGGCUGUGAAAUUUCAUUGAAGUAGCUCAGCUGCUGGGCUCUUUUGGCUUGUCAAAAUGUAUGCUGAAACUGGCCUUCUCUUUCCGUCUUACUACCAGAAUCUUGCUCCUGAAAUGCACCCUUUUGAUGACUUCUGGCACUCCCACAAAUCCAAUUUUUCAGUGCCCUCCACUAUAUUGGAAUAUGACCUUGGGGCAGAAGGCGAUCUUUUCAAAGCACCAAAACCUGUUAUUGAGGAACCAAUGGUAGGCCUUGAUCCCAUGACGAAUGCCAUGUCAAUGAUUUCAUCAGCAGAAGACGUUGAUAUUGAGUUAAUGCAGAAUGAGCAACUGCUGAGUGAGGUUUUUUGUGAAUUCAAGAAGGAUCUCUUGGCAAAUGAAGCCACAGGAACAUCACUGUCCGAGGUCCUGCAAAUCCAGAUUCCUGUUGCAACGGAUGGAAACCCUACUAAAGAGGAGAAACUGCUUUCGCAGACUAACAUACCUAAAAGUGCUAGCUCAGAAUGUCUAAACUCAAUGGGAUGGGUAUGCAGAAAUCCAGUCGGUGACAAUUAUCUGGAAUUUCCGGGAAUGGAUUUCGGGGCUGUUUAUGGGAUGCGAAGGUCAUAUAGUGAAGGAGACAUAAAGACUCUUGGUAAUGGAAGUGUGAGCAUCAUUCAGUCACCCAUUGGACAACCUCAAAUAUUGGGGAGUUUCUCCACUGAAGUUCGCAAAGAAAAGCUGUCUAGAUACAGGACUAAGAAGGCAAAACGGAACUUUGGCAGGAAAAUCAAGUAUGCUUGCAGAAAGGCUCUAGCUGACAGUCAGCCAAGGGUCCGUGGGAGGUUUGCUAAGACAGACGAAUCCGACACUUCAAGAAAGUAAAAACCAUUAGACUCCGAUGAGUAAGAAUAUUUAUCAGUAGCUCAGAAUGAUGGGGUAAUGAAAAGAUCAAUGGCACUACAAGCUUGGCACAAACCUCGACCCUAAUAAGCCCACUAUGACACCUAAAUUAGCUGGUCUGUGUUAGCUGCAAUAAUAUCCUCUCUAGAGCCGAAUGUUCGAUGUAGCUGUGUCGUUUAGUUGGAAUAAUGACCUAUGUAGAUCGGGACGUCCAAUUAACAUCGUUGUAAAUAAGUAUUUGGUCAAAUAAAAUAAACUGGAACAUAUCUA